AAAACUUACUUGUAAAAAAAAGCAAACUCGAUCUGCCUAAUUCCUGCCAACACUUGAAUUGAAUCGCUUCACUUGCAGCUUAGAAAUAAAAAUAAUGGGUAAUGAUGAACUACUUUGCAUGACUAACAUAUACCCUUUUCUAUGGUGAGACAAAAAUCAAAGACUGGCAUUGGAUUUUUCCUCAUUAUUGGUCUGCCAAAUUCACUUCGUUUUCUUUCCCUCUUUUUCUAUCUUCGGACUUUCCAAAGAUCUUCUCCUACAACGACCUCAAAUGAAAGCCUUUGUUGCCCUCAAGUUUAGCUGAGAAAUGAUCCAUUAAACUUUUUCUCUUCUUUUCCCCCUUUUUUUAUUUGUAAAGUCUGUGUUUUGUGUGGGUUUUUGUUUAAAUGGCCAAGGCAUCGGGUUUUUUCACACCGAGCCUGAGGACAAAGAUUCAACCUUCAAUAGGCGUUUCGCGAUCUGGGUUUUGCUUAUCCGAAGGAAUCUUUAAGAGGGUAGUGUGCUCGAGUAGUAUUGAAAGUGCAGGGACGCAUGUGUCCUCUUCUCAAUCUCGAAUACCCAAGCUUGUCAAUAAAGGCUGCAAGCUAGUUGGUUGCGGAUCAGCGGUGCCAUCUCUUUCAGUCUCCAAUGAUGAUCUUGCAAAAAUAGUUGAUACUUCUGAUGAAUGGAUAUCUGUCCGCACUGGAAUACGAAACCGUCGGGUUAUUUCAGGAAAGGAAAAUUUAAGAAACCUAGCGGUUGAAGCGGCAAAGAAAGCUCUUAAAAUGGCAAAUGUUGAACCUGAUGAUCUUGACCUAAUCUUGUUGUGCACAUCUACUCCCGAAGAUAUUUUUGGUGAUGCUCCAAAGGUCCAAAGAGAGCUUGGCUGCACAAAAUCUCAACUAGCUCAUGAUAUUACUGCUGCAUGUAGCGGAUUUGUGCUGGGUCUCUUCUCAGCUUCUUGCUACAUUAAGGGAGGUGGUUUCCGUAAUGUUUUAGUAAUCGGAGCUGAUGUUAUGUCUCGAUUUGUUGAUUGGACCAAUAGAGGAACAUGCAUUCUCUUUGGAGAUGCUGCUGGUGCUGUUGUACUUCAGGCCUGUGAUGCUGAGGAAGACGGUUUAUUAAGCUUUGAUUUGCAUAGUGAUGGUGAGGGUGCAAGACAUCUCGGUGCCCCCAUAAACGACAAUGAAAAUGGGUCAGUGUUAGAGUUUCCUCCAAAUAGGUCCUCUUAUGCUUGUGUACAGAUGAAUGGCAAAGAAGUUUUUCGCUUUGCUGUCAGAUGUGUGCCGCAAUCAAUUGAGUCUGCCUUGGAAAAAGCUGGUCUCACUACAUCUAAUAUUGACUGGUUAUUGCUCCAUCAGGCAAACCAGAGGAUUAUUGAUGCAGUCGCAACAUGUUUAGAAUUCCCACCAGAAAAGGUCAUAUCGAAUCUGGCAAAUUACGGCAACACAAGCGCAGCAUCCAUUCCUUUGGCAUUGGAUGAAGCUGUUCGAAGUGGAAAGGUGAAGCCAGGCCAUGCAAUCGCGGCUGCAGGUUUCGGUGCAGGUCUAACUUGGGGUUCUGCUGUUAUUAGAUGGGGCUGAAAAAAACUGCCAAAUUAACCAAGUAGAACGAAAGACAGAUUCCUUGCAGAGAGCAGCACUUGAAUCCCCAACUACCUUAUCGGAAAAGCUCACAGAUAAUCUGGAUUAGCGCCUGCAUAAUCUCAACCAGCUCCAUUUUGUUCAUUCGAAAUUGGUUACAUAUUCUACUAGUUAGCACUGCAAAAUAAGUAUUUUUUUCUUUUUCUUCUUGAAGCCCUUUUUAAUUUUUACAUUUUCAGUUCCUCUUUUAUCAUGUUGUAAUGAUCACUGUUAUAGUAAAUCCUCUUCAACCCCUUGAGUCAAAACAUAGGCAUAAGUGUAUUGCAGCAACAUUUGUUGAGUUCUUUAAUCAGAAAGCGGUAUAAAAAGGUCUUCAAAACAA